AUGCAGCUUGCUACAGAUAUUUACUUACCCGACGAUUGUUGGGAAUAUAUCUUCAAAUUCAUCAUCUUUGACGGCCACAUCCACAACGGUUGCUACUUCGACUAUCUAUCCCUUGUCUCCAAACAGUUUCUCUCCAUCACUAACCGUCUCCUACUCUCUAACACUAUCUUGAGUGCAACUCCCCGCCCUCUCCUCCCUAGUUUCUUUCAAAGGUUCCCCAACCUCAUCUCCCUCACCAUCACUAACUGUCACGAUGUGGACGUCCUUCUCAGCGAAAUCUCUCUUUUUCCAUUGAAAUUCACAUCGCUCAAUAUCUCCUACAAACCCAUCAUUCCCACCGAUGGGCUGCGAGCCUUCUCCCAAAAUAUUACAACCUUGACCUCUCUAAAUUGUUCUCACAUGAGAUCUAUCAAUGGCACCGACUUGUUCCUCAUUGCCGAUUGUUUCCCUUUGCUAGAAGAACUCGACCUCGGUUUUCCUAUCGAAUUAGAAAAUUAUGAUAGCUUACAAAUUGGAGUAAAGGCUCUUUCAUCAAAACUUUUGAAACUUCGAAAGGUUAAUCUCACUUAUCAUGAGUACAUCAACGAUCAAUUGCUUGUCCACUUGUUCAGCAACUGGAAGCUUCUUGAAGAAGCCGUCAUAUUUGGCUGUGAUCUAAUAACCAAAUCUGGUAUUACUGCUGCUAUCCGUGAGAGACCAACUUUGAGGUCUUUAUCCUUUACGAGUGAUUUUGCAGUGGAUGUAGCUGCACUUGUUAAGUCUCUCUGUUUGGCUGACAAUUUUGAGUUAAGAGAUGAAAGUGUCGAAAUAUUUGUUUCCUUAUUUCCCAAUCUGCAGUUUCUUAAUUUGAGAAAUUGCCGAAAGAUAUCUGAAAACAUUAUUUAUCAAGUUUUAAAGAGAUGUUGUAAGAUUAGACAUUUAGACUUAAGCGGUUGUUCAUUGAAGUUACUUGGGUUAAACUUUGAAGUUCCGAAUCUAGAGGUGUUGAACUUGUCGUUAAGAAAAGUUGAUGAUGAAACACUCUAUGUAAUCUCAAAGAGUUGUCGUGGACUUUUGAAACUAGUAAUGUUGUAUUGUCAUGGUAUCACAGAAAAGGGUGUGAAGCAUGUAGUAGAAAAUUGCACACAAUUGAGAGAGAUCGAAUUGAAGAGCUCCAGUAACGUUGAUGCUAAUGUUGUUGCCUCAAUGGCUUUAUCAAGGCCAUUAUUGAGAAAAAUAACACCUCCAGAAUGCCCUUUAGGUAGAUGUUGA